CAAACCGGAACAAAAUGUCUGCAUCGAAAAAAAUAAAAAAAUAGAUGUUUGACAUAAAUCACCGACAAAAUGACCACGAUAAAGCAUAUCUUGCAAAAGGAGGUUUUUCUUCCCAAUGAUGAACGUUUGGUGGGGUUGGUCAAUGUCACUCAGGCUGGAAAAAAGAAGAAGAGCAGCAAGCAUAGCUUUCUCUGUGCAGCAUUGAGUACUUCAGUGGAAGGUACAACACAGGUGAAUGUCUACCAGGUGAAGAAGUCUGACAAGGGGGAGACAUACAAGAAAAAGAUCAACUGGCCACUAAAAGAUCUCAAAGUGGUUGAUGGAAAAGAUGCAAAGAAAGAUACAGCAGACUUUGACCUGCACUUUGAAAAAGCCUUCAAGUGGACAGCCAGCAGUUCUGGAGAGAGGGAUGCUUUUAUUUCAUGUUUAUGGAAGCAUGCUCAGAGACAUCUUACUCACAAACCCAAGUUCGAAAAUGUACCAGAACAUCUGCUAGAAGAGAUUAUCCGACCUGUGAGCCAGGGCCAGGCUCCUGUGGAGGGAGCCAGCUCAGUGCCAGAGUUAGAGGAAUACCAGGCACUUUCCAAUCAGGAGGAAGAGGACUUGGAGACUCUCAUGUCAAAGUGCUCUGCUGCCAUCAGCAAUGCAGAGAACUUUGCUGAACAAUUGUCCAAACAGCUGUCCAUACUAGAUGGGGCGAACAUGCAUGUGAUAAUGGGGAGUGAGGACCAGGUAUUCAACCUGAUGAGACUACUGGAUGAUGGCAUACAGCAGGCAGAGAUCAUCGAGAGCAAGCUAGACUCCUACGAUCAAAUACUCCAGGGUGUUAAGGAGCAGAUGGAAUUGAUGAAGGACAAGGACAUGCUGCUUUCUGUCCGCAAUGCCAACCACCAGAAACUUCUGGAAGAGUUAGAAAAUGUUGUGCAUCAGCUGGAUCUCGAUGGGAAGUACAUAGCGUCCCUGAAUAAAGGUGACCUCUCCACUCCCAAUGGAAUCCUGGACUGUACAGCCGCGGCCCAGCAGUUACAGCGCUGCAGGCAAGCCACCAUACAUCCAGCCCUGAUGAAGAUGUCUGCUGUGGAGGAACAGAUGAAGAAGUUUAACCAGCUUGUCCAGGAGUUCUCCAAGAGACUGGCCCAUCACCUCAACAACCUCUUUAUUCACCAAGGUAAUGAGAUAGGUGAGACCCUGAGCCGACAUUCCACUGAGCUACGACUGCCCCCUCACCACUCCAGCCACCGGGACCUCACCCCGUACACUGAGCUCAUGGCAUGGCUGAAGCAGUCUGAUCGGUCUUCAUUCAGGCAACUCACCAAAGUAUACACAGGGAGCUUGUCUAAGCUGUACACAAAAGAGAUACAGGAUUUUCUGGAAAAUUCCCGCAUGGCUGCGAUGGGCAAGGGAGACAAGUCAAGGCUUAAUGUGAGUGGAAUGCGUCUGUCUGGAUCCUCAGCUAGCCUGGGUGCUCCCCUGGACAACAAAAGGGCAGGCUCUAUACACAGUAUAGACUCCGCUGUACAGGGGAUGGAUGCUGACAUUGCAAUGAGGCAUCUCUUUGAUCAGGUGUUUGACAAGGUCUUGUCGGAACUGGAGCCGGUGUGUCUGGCGGAGCAGGACUUCUGCUGCAAGUUCUUCCAUCUACUCUCAGGUGUACAACCACAGUCCGUGCAGUCGGAGGAGGUGGAUGAGUCGGAGGACACCGGAGACAUCUGGAUGAAACAGAAACCCAGAAUCACUGUCCAGUGUGUAGGUGAUGAUUCCUUCCCCAGGGAGUAUAUCGUUGAGAACCUUGGGGAGGGGCUCCAGUCUCGGAUCCCCACCUCACAGCUGAGGCAGAUUAAUGAAGAAUUAAGGGGUAUGAUGAAUGAGCUGUUCCCCAUGCUGGAGGAGGACCUGGAGGCAUUCAUCACAUUCGGAGACAAAAUGGAUGGCUUUUACUCGAUGUACAUGUUGGUACGUAUGAGUGAACAUGUGACCAACACCCAGGACACCGGCUCCUUCUUGAGUGUCACGUUCGCCAGCUCCCUUGUCAAGAUCAAACGCAACUUUGACAAGUUUGUGCAAUUACAAAUCAGAGCCAUAGAAGAAAACAAAGUGUCCAAGAAAGCAAAAUGUGGAAUCAUCAGCUUUGUACACAAUUUUGAGGAUUUUGCCAACCAGGCAGAGAACAUAUUCCGUGGUUCUGAGCGCCACACGGACUUGGACAAGGCUUAUCAGCGCCUUGUCAGGGCCAUAUUCGACACAAUAAACCGUAUUGCUGCCGAACACCCCAAAACUCCAAGGGAGGUCAUUAUGAUGGAAAACUUCCAUCACAUGUUUUCAAUCCUGUCACAGCUGAAGAUCACAUGCCUGGAGGCAGACAGGAAGGAAGCAAGGGCCAAGUAUGUGGAGAACCUCAACGCCUACACCAAAGAGAGGCUGGGGCGACCCCUGGAGAAACUUCAUACAUUUGUUGAGGGUGUAAAGUCAAAGAUGGCCCAAGGAGUGAAGGCAGAAGAGGUUGGUUUCCAGCUGGCCUUCAGCAAGACCGAGCUACGUAAGGUCAUUAAGGACUACACAGGCAAGGAGGUUAAGAAGUCCCUGGACCACAUGUACAAAAAGCUGGAGAAACAUCUGAGUGAAGAAGAGAACCUGUACCAGGUAGUAUGGUUGUCAAUGCAGAAUGAGUUCAUGAAGCAGUAUAACACCUACACAGACCUGAUCAACCUGUGCUACCCUGACUCCAACAUUAACCUGGAGUUCACCGUUGAUAACGUCCUAGAGUUCUUUUCCAACAUAGCCCAGUCACACUGAUGUAUAUAAAAUCACGGACCUGGUCAACAUGUGCCAUCCUCACUCCAAUAUUAACAAGAACUCUACUGAAACUCUACUGAAAAUGUAGAAUGUGUUUUUUUUAUAUCCAAGUGGAUGUUCUAAUGAUUUUUGAAUGACUUGUACAAGUAAGUCAUUUCUAAUAAAAAUAUGUAGUACUUUACUAAAAGACAAACUAUGAUUUUUGGAUAAUACUAUGUCAGGAGUGCUAAGCCCCAUGUAUCUCUACAUUAACCUGUUCAAGUGGACGUGGUGGAGUAUUGGGACUGUUGUUAGUGUUAUUCAAGCUGUGUGAUAAAUGUGCCAACAUACACAUACUUAAUACUUGGACUUACACACAGAGCAGUUCAGGUUUGAUGAGAGAUAGUCAGAUAUAUGUGCAAUAUGUUUUCUGUAUUUAAGUAUAAUGGAAAUACAUGUUAUAAAUAAACAACAUAAAUUUG